AUGACACAAUUUAGAGAAGAAAGACCAAGUCGUUCUCUUCCUAAUCCUACAGCUAAAACAGCAUCGGCAAGAGAGGCUUUACAAUCGUUCUUUUGUGAGCUUUGUGAUAAGGGUUAUCAACGGAUUUCUGAAUAUGAAAAUCAUUUAAGUAGUUAUGAACAUAAUCAUAAAAAGAGGUUUAGAGAAAUGAAGGAAAUGCAAAAAGUAUCAUCUAAUUUUGAAAAACUUCGUAAACAAGGUCAAAAAAAGAAAGAUACAGAAAUAAAGCCAUUUAUUGAAAAUCAAUGGCACAAAAAUAUGGAUAUUAGUAUACAGCCUCUCAAACUCUCUUCAGAAAAAGAUUCUUCUUUUAAAAAAGUUGGCUUUAAAAAAGCUUUUAAUCAUUUUGAUAAUUCAACCGGUUUUAUAGAUUCUAAAAAAAUAUUGGAUUCACCUGAUUCUUCCAAAGAAGAAUCACCUUUAAAUCCUUUAAAUCUAUCUGAUAAUGAUCAACUAUAUAAUCCUUAUACACCAACAAGUCCUUAA